CGCAUGCUUCUUUUUAUAAAAAAGCCACCUGAUAUUUUUUUCCAGAUACUUUUUUUUUUUUUUUUAUCAGUUCUCGAAUUUUCUUUUCUUCUAUAUACACACAAUGGCCAAGGAAAGAAAUCAACCAAGCCCGUCGCUUCUUCUAACUGGAAGAAGCUUUUACCUGAAAAUGAAGGCUUCUCACAUUGCUAAAAACAGUAACCACCACCACCACCACUACCAUACCAAAGAAACGAUACCCCAAAGAUGAAUGGUUUGGAGAGUGUCGAUGAAGAUGACUUGAAGAACGUGUAUGCACACAAGGAAACACCCCAAGAACAAAAGUUGAAAAAGAAGAGUUUGGUAGCCAAAAUGAAUGCAGUUACAGGCGAUCAAGCAAGAUUAGGUAAAUACGUUGCCAUCGAUUGUGAAAUGGUGGGUGUUGGACCUGAAGGAACCGACUCAGCAUUGGCUCACUAUCGUACACAUGUCAGUGGUAUCGAGGCAAAACAUUUAGAGUCAGAGGAAGCUUUAUCAUUUAAAGACGCACAGUUCAAGGCAGAGGCAAUCAUUCGUGGACGUAUCUUGGUCGGUCAUGCUGUUUAUAACGAUUUACAAGCGCUCAUGAUCUCUCAUCCAGCAUUGUUAAUUCGCGAUACUUCUCGUUAUAAGCCUUUCCGUAAAUUAGCAAAGGGCAGAACUCCUGGUUUGAAAAUGUUGGUUAAUGAAGUGUUGGGCAUUUCCAUUCAAUCAGGAUCUCAUUCAUCUGUGGAGGAUGCUAGAUUCACAAUGCAACUUUAUAAGAGCGUCAAGCUGGAAUGGGAAAAAUCCUUUGGUGCCAAAAUUUCAGCAAAGGAAGAGCAAAACAGCAGUAAAAAGAAGGUGUCGAUAAAGGAGGUCGCUGAAGAUUCCGAGUCAAAUAGUCAGUCUGAUUCCAACAGUGAUUCUGACAGUGAAGACGAUGCUUCUGACGAUGAAGAGUAAAACUAAAAUAAAAUGAACCGACGCAUAAAAAUAAUUAGAAAAAAGCGUCACUGACCUUUAAAAA